UUCCCCUGUGUGGUAAAAAAUUCAAACCCACACUCUAUAGUGUCGAUGGAACUGGCAUUCGCAAUGGAAAGAAUUGCGAUUUUAUCAUUGUUCGCCAUUUUAACUUCUGCAAAUGGAUUAAGAAAUCUGAAGCUUGCCUACCAAUGGACUCUGAUUGAUUACGACUACCCCAGCGAGGAAGCAAGGCAAAAAGAUAUCGACAAACAGCUUUUUCAGCCUGAUGAAGUGGAACCGUUCGAUCUGGAUGUUUACUAUAAAGGUAGCGAAAGGAAGAUAUUUGUGACAACUUCUCGCUAUUGUCCUCAUAUACCGGCAACUCUAAGUACAGUGACAAACAAAACUAGAAACGGCAAUCGCGUAAUUAAGCCGUAUCCUUCGUGGGAGUGGCACAGGGAUCCCGAAAAGUGCAGAAGAAAUUCCUUGGUGUCGGUUUAUAGAUUAUUUAUUGACCAGUGUGACCGGCUAUGGUUUUCUGAUAACGGUCGACUUGGUGAUGAUUGGUUGUGUCCGCCUAGGAUAUUAGUGUUUGACCUCAAAAAGGAUGAACUGAUACACACGUACGAAAUUCCACAAGAGCAACACAAGAACGUGUCGCUUUUCGGUACCAUAGUGGUGGAAGUCGAAGAUCCUUCGAACGGUUGCGCGAACAGCUUCGCCUACAUUAGCGACUACGAUGCCCGUGUUUUGUUGGUUUAUGACCUUAAGAAGAACAGAUCGUGGACUGUUUCCGAUUACUCGUUUUGGCCGAAUGCCGAAUACAGCACGUUCAAUGUUGAAGGUAAAAGUUUCACUACGGCUGUCAGCGUAAUAGGCAUGGCUUUAAGUCCACCAGGAAAAGAAAGGAUACUGUAUUACCAUGCCUUGUCUAAUGACAUUGAAGGCUGGAUAUACACUAAAUAUCUCAAGAACGAGUCGUUGUUUUCUGAACCUUUCGGACAAUCCAAGUUGUUUCACGUAUUUCCACAUGAGCGAAAGGCGCAGAGCGGAGGUGAGUAUAUGGACAGCCACGGAAAUCUUUACUUCGGUAUAUUACCAAGUGCAGCAGUGGUUUCGUGGAAAGCCAACACCGAUCCGGAAAGCUAUCAGAUGGGAAACUUUAAAAUAAUAGAUCGCGACGAUGAAACACUUCAAUUCCCUUUGGGCAUCAAGGUCAGAAGAAAUGAGCGCGGAGAGGAAAUUUUGUGGGUGUUCUCUACUGUCCUUCAACGGCUAAUAUCUAAUACCGUCCUCUUUGCGAACCAAACGAACCUGAGAGUGCUUUACGGCAAAAUCAACGAUUUUCGUCCUUAUUCAACUGAUUAA